AUGGGGCGCCGCGGCUCCUCCGACCGCCUCGAGGCGCUCUCCCUCGAGAUCGAGCGCAAGCUGCAGAAGGCUCUGAUCUCCAACUCACAGCGUCUUCAGAUACUUCAGCAAUUGUUUGCUGACAUUGCAUUGAAGGUGGAUGAUCGUGCUCGAGAUGCGAUUAUGAGUGAGAAUGAUGAUGGCAUUGCUCCAGUAGAUGAACGGGAAGAUGGUUGGCUAUGCUUCUAUGAGAUUCUUGCAAAUCAUUUUGUUAAAGUGCCUGAAAGUGGCAGGCGUAUACUUGAGUUGAUAGUGCAACUCUGGAGCCAGUCCUUCGCGUCCAACAUAUUUGCACUUCUUUUCCACAAAUGGUUGUUCGAAGCCCCUCUUGAUGAAAAGGAAAUAUCGCUACGAUAUAGCUCUGCUCUUGUUCAAGGUGCUACAAAUGUAUUUUGGAUUGACAUACAGACAAAUACAAGACAUUUUCUCUCUUUGUAUCAUUAUCUCCUUGAGGAUGUUGCUCUAGUCCCUGACCGACUUACUAAAAUAUCAUUACAGGCUGGUAGAGACCUUUUCCUUCUGCUCUCUAGAUUCAUGUUCUUCUAUGAUCAAGAUCCCUUGCUUUCUAGUUUCCUAGAGCAUUUCCCCACUUUUCCAAAUUCCUUCUUGGUUGGUGGACCAGCAGAUUACUUUGUAAUUGAACUCACUGAUCUGCUUCAAAAGCUAAAAAUUGAGCCAGUACUACUGCACUACCUCUCCUGCAUGAGCAUACUUCAAGGGCUGGAACUGAGAUUGAGUACAAGCACCAGAUUAAAGGCCUGCCUCUACAGCUUCACUUCUCCUGGUGGCCCUACGUACCCAACACGUGCGGUGCGGCAUGCAGCCUGGAAUACAUUGGAUUUGCUGUUCCCUAUCGGUCGUUACCCAAGGCAUGUGAUCAGCCUGUUCUUCCGGCUGCUGUAUCCGUGGUACUGGCCUUCCUCUUGCUGGAACUUCGUGAUGACCUGUGCCAUGACUGUCUACUACUACAUCCUAAACCUGCUGGUGUCUAGUUGGGAGAAACUGAGGCGGCCCAGUCACCGGAGAACGCAUGGUGAAUGA